AGGCCGGCAGCAGCUCUCGCACACACACACGCAGAGAGAGAGAGAGCGCUGAGUGCUGUAUAAAGCAACCCAGCAGCAUCGCGGAGACCGGGGGCAAUGAACCAAAGCGAGAGCCGAAAGAGGCCGAGAGACGCUGGGGCAGACACCAAGCCGGUGACUCCAGCCAAGAGAGUCUCCCGGCUCAAAUUCAAACCCAAUUACCGAGAGUGGGACGUGGAGGAUGUCUGCUGUUAUCUGCGGACACAUGGAUUUGAAAAGUUCGAGUCGUUGUUUAGAGAUGAAAAACUAACCGGAUGCAAACUACCUUAUCUAACAGAAUCUGAUUUGGAGCAGAUUGGAGUGAGAUCUCUUGGUGAACGCUUGGAUUUGAUCAAGUGUAUCGAUUUGCUGUGGCAGAAACCUAUUGAUAUGAAGGUAUUCAAUGACCCGAUCCACGGACACAUUGAGAUGCAUCCAGUCCUCGUCCGGAUCAUUGACACCCCACAAUUUCAGCGGCUCCGGUUCAUUAAGCAGCUGGGUGGGACCUAUUUUGUCUAUCCUGGUGCUUCACACAACAGAUUCGAGCAUUCCAUCGGUGUGGGAUACCUGGCAGGCCAGUUGGUUAAAGCUCUUGCUGAACGGCAACCAGAACUGCGGAUUAACCAUCGCGACAUACUGUGUGUGCAGAUUGCAGGACUUUGCCACGAUCUGGGUCAUGGGCCAUUUUCUCACCUGUUUGAUGGAAAAUUUAUCCCUCUUAUUCGAAAAGAUUUAAUAUGGACGCAUGAGGAUGCUUCGUUGUCCAUGUUUGAGCACCUGAUCAAAUCGAAUGGCUUGGAAACUCUUCUGAUAAAUCAUGGGCUGGUAUUACCCACUGACCUUGUAUUUAUAAAAGAACAGAUCAGAGGCCCAAUAAUGGAAACGAGGAGCAAUGGAGAGGGUUGCAGUACAAAGUCCUCAGUGUGGCCAUACAAAGGCCGGCCCAGGGAGAAGGGCUUUCUGUAUGAAAUUGUUGCCAACAAGAGAAAUGGAAUUGAUGUUGAUAAAUGGGAUUACUUUGCCAGGGACUGUCAUCAUCUAGGAAUUCGGAACAACUUCGACUUUGAACGUUUCCUCAAGUUCGCUAGAGUUUGUCAAAUUCGCAAAAUGAAGCAUAUUUGCACUCGAGAUAAGGAAGUUGGAGACAUGUAUAACAUGUUUCACACACGUAACACCCUGCAUCGUAGAGCCUAUCAGCACAGAGUGUGCAAUAUUAUUGAGAGCAUGAUCACAGAGGCACUGGUGCUCGCAGAUCCAUACAUCGAGAUAAGCGGCAUGGAUGGGAAGCUUUAUAAAAUAUCUGAAGCAAUCGAUGACAUGGUGGCUUACACCAAACUCACAGAUGAAAUCUUCCAACAGAUCCUGAAUUCAUCUCGACCCGAACUGAAGCCUGCGCGGGAAAUCCUGAACAACAUCCUUUGUCGGAAGUUGUACAAAUGGAUUGGUCAAACCCAACCUGAAGCUGAAACGACCAUCCAGCCAGAAGAAAUCAAUGAGCUGAACAAUCAGGUCGCUGCAGCUAUCCCAUCGACACCUCUUGAUGUAAAACUGGCUCCAGAAGAUUUCAUUGUAAAUGUUGUUCAGAUGGAUUAUGGGAUGGCAAAACAAAACCCCAUUAACAAGAUCCGUUUCUACUGCAAGCACAACCCCAACCAGGCAAUCAAAAUUCGGAAAGACCAGGUGUCUCAGCUGCUGCCAGAGAGGUUUACCGAGCAGCUGAUCCAAGUGUACUGCAAGAAGUCUGAUCAGCCAAGUGUGGAAGCAGCCAAGAAGCAUUUUGUACAGUGGUGCAUCAACAAGAACUUCAGUAAACCCAGGGAUGGUGAUGUCGUUGCUCCUGAGCUGACCCCACUCAAACCUGACUGGAACGACAGUGACAGUGGAGCUGAUGACUUUGAUGACAAAGACGAGCUUCUGUUCAAUUCCCACCCCAAUAGUAACCGAGCCAAGAUACAGCUUUUCAAGUAGAGUCUGUGAUACCUUUCUGGGAACCCUUGGGUGACUUCCAUUCAUGGAGUUGCAUGGAAGUGGGAUGCCUUCAGGAAUAUUUUGAUGUUUUUAAAACCGUUAAUUUCUUCAAUAUUUUUCUCAUUUAAAGAAAGAGAGGGGAAAAGAUAUCUUUGUGCAAUUAGACCCCAAUCUAAACAGCUUUGAAAAUGUUCUAAUUUGGAGGAAUGUUUAGUAUUAUAAAAACAACAGCUCAUUGAACCAUCAUUUGCCCAUGAUGACAGGCAUUCAUCAAUAAUAAAAAUGUAUGUUUUUUUCUCUCUAUAUUGCUUAGUAAGCCAUCUACAGGUUCCCAUGGGAAUGGUACUGAAGGACCAUUAAUGGGAUUCACUCCUAAAAUUGAAGCAUUUUACUUGCUCUGUUCUGCUUGCUAUAUAUAUUUUUUUGAGUUUCUUUUAAAAAUAGUGAUGAGAGAGAGCAAUGGAGUUUCCAUUGCUAAGACAUAGCAUUGUGAAAACAGGGCAGUUGAUGGUUUCUCAUCCGUGUUCAGGUUUAAGGGGUAUGUUGUCUAAUGUUUCCUGGCCAUUGAAAUUUGAUGUUAUUAGGAGCUUGUUCAUUAGUUUACUUAACUUACCAUCAUAGAACAAAUCAGCAGAAGACUAUAUUGCAUGCAUCCAGUAACUGUUGUUUUGCUUCGAGUAUAUAGCUGGUGUUAUUGACAUCGUGACUUCUGAAUAUGUUAACUCUUCAGUAUACAAUUUAAAAUACUUUAAUCUUAAAAAGCUGCUAUACUUUAGUCACUGGAGCCUGGAAGAAAUUUGAUAAAUUGUGAUACAUUUUCUUGCACAGUUAGAGGGAGGGUGAUUUGUGGCUGGUGUUCCCAAUCGCUUUGUUAGAAUCUGAUUGGUGAAUAUUGCUGUCGGGGUCUGAUGGUCAGUACAUGGAGCAGAUGCCACUCACUGGGCUGAAGAUAAUCCAAGGUUGGGAAGCGCUGUAUUAUUCUGGCAAGAGUUUCCAUUGUCAAGAUAAAGGUUAUGUAUGUACAUUUGGAUAUUGUAUCACUAGGAUAAGCUAGGGCAGAGGACAAUCUAGAUUCAAUCAAGUAACUCUUUUCAGGUGUUGAGGUAAUAUUUAACUUAGAUUGAACUGGCUUCUUGAUAUUACAGGUUGAAUCACCUCCUGUUUACAAUAAUUCUUGACUGAAUACUGUAUAUGCAGAUUUAUGAAACAAAAAAUUUGUCCUGUAGAUGUCAGCAAACUGAAUGUGUCAUUAACAAUACUUCUUAGCCUUACAUAUGGGUUAUGUAAGUGAUUUUCAAGUCAAGAUUUUUGUAAAAUUCUGAUCAGCAAAACUUGUCAAAUAGCUGUGAAAAUGUCCUAAUUUUUCCCAACUCUCCUAUUCCCUUGUCACACGAUGUUCAUCCAUUUGGAAGUGACUCUGUGUCUGGAAAUUUAAAUGUUUCCAGGAUUUUGAGAGAACAAUGUUGAUUUUUGAUCUGGCAGAUUGGGCAAAUGCACCAAUGAGCCUUAAUUAUUAAAAUUUUGAAAUGAUGUAGGAAAGUGCUGUUGUGGAGAACUGCACAGGAACAUGUAGCUCUGGUCUAAUAUCCACCUCUCAGUUUAUCGUUCCCUGCACUGCAGCAUAAAAUCCCAUCACGUACAAAUCGUGAUUCCAAAAAUGGAGCUUUUUGAUGUCGAUGAUAUAUCCAACAAAAAAUAUCUUAAUCCCACAGGCAUUAAAAGACAAUGUGACCAAAUCCCAAAUAUUUUCAAGAAAUAAUCAAUACUUUUGUACUCGAAUAUCUGGAGGAUUUACUGAUCCUGUGAAUCAAUGUAAGGUGUGCAUUUCAGUUUGAGGUUUGUUUUUAUGUACAGUGUACAUGUAUCUGCACACAUUAGUUCGAUUUGAAUAUGGCACCUCUUUUUUUUCCCCCCUGAGUUCCUCCUUUUGAGCAUCAUUCUACCAUAUUUAUGUAAUGGUGGAAAUUUAGAAUUCAGUACCUCUAUAACCAACAGGAAAAUAAGUUUGUGAGCAGUUGGCCUAAAUUUGAGAUUAAGGGCAAAGGACAUGGGUUUGUUGAAACGUUGCUGUGAUGUCUGUGGAUCUGGAUAGCCUGUUUUUGAGGGGAUUUGUCAAGAACUGGCUCAGACUCCUCCCCACAGCAUCUCCCUUUUUGUUCUGCUUUGCUGUUAGCCGGGAGGAGUGGGCUGGCUGAGUAACCAAACAACAUGCUGUGCUGCCUAAUGAUGACAAACCAGACCUUGCCCUUCCAACUGCUCAGAAUUUGACAUGUGGUUUAUUCCUAACAAAUUAAAUAGAAUUGAGACCAACUUGGUCUAACUGCAAUGUGUACUGUCCAGAGCAAAAUGCAGUCAGUGACAUUCAUAUUGGCACAUCAUCAAACAGUGCUUUGGAGCCUUGGCGUAGAGGUCCUCCUAUCUCCUUCCAUUAAUAUUUCUCAGGUUACUUUAAAGGCACUACAUAAAUGCAAGUUAUUGUAUGCAAGCUGACAUCUCACAAGAUAAAUGAGUAAUUGUGAAAAAUAGUUGAAGUGUGGCUUUGUCCACAGGCAGUUGGAUGGGUUUAUGAGUGCACUGCAUGGCUAUCCUUGAGUCCAGGGGUGAAUGGGAAUGGCGGGGUUGUGUAUGAGAGGGAGCUCUUCCUGGGCCACUUCUGUUUACUGUUGUAUCAGAACAUACUCAGGAGGGGUAUAGUGCAUAAGUAAUUUACUACAUUUCCAGGAAGAUAGCAUUUGUCAUUGACUGACUUCUGGAAUGGCUGAGAGCCUGUUUACCCUGUACAAGGGCCUGGAUUUUAACUUUUGUUGCUCCAUUUUUUGGAUACCAAGAUAACAAAGCUGUGUUGUGUAAUUAAUUUUAAAUUAUUUUUAGUGUGUACUUUAACACUGCUUUGUCACUUUGUUUUUGUGACUCUGCUGAGGUUUAUGGUGGUAAAAUGUCAGUUUGCUGUCCCUAUUUUUUACCUGGUGAAAUCCCUAAGCUUUCAAGUACUUUGCUGGGACCCAUUAUGUUAUGAUCAGGUAUUUUAUAAACUAGGAGUUAAAGAAGGCAAUAUACAAUUUUGUACAGUGUGACCUGUUUACUUUUAGAGCAAUCAGGGGAAAAUAUAAACUGUUCUUUGCAGAAGCAUUGAGCCUGUUAUUAGAGUUUAUUGAUUUUUGCUUGUAAAGAAUUUCCAAAAGGCAUAGCAAAUGUUACCAAGACUUCUAUUGUCUUGUCAUGGGGUUAGAAUGCUGGGAGAGGGAAAUGUUACACAAUUGAAUUGAGCAUUGCCAGAAGAUAGGAGGAACUUCUACAAUGCUUUGAUAAGUUAAUCCUGCAAGCAAGAUGAGUUAUGUUUUAGCAGAGGGGCGAUUAAUAGGAUAAAAUAAUUUGGCAUUCAUCAUAUGUUGAAAUGUUACUUUUUAUCCUAUCAGAUUGUGAUUCUGAAUUGACAGAGGAGCUAUGAUCCAUAAAUAUUUGCAAGGCCCAUGUUCACAUCACAUGAGUUAAUGUGAUUUUUUUUACCUCAUCCCUUGUACUUUGCUCACUUUAGUCCUCUCUGAUUGUUCCUGCGGUCUUUAAUCAUGGAGGAAAUAUAAGGUGAGCUCUACAGCAGCAAGUUGAUCACUUGGUGUUUCGACCGGUAGUUCUCAACAAAAAGAUGAUAACGCUUCAUCAGUCGUCGUUUACUCUGCAACCUGGACAGUUCAUUUUGACACUUACUUUUCUUGUACAUGUUGCUCCUGCAGUGGUGGUGCAGGACUUCUGGCAAGACCUGGGUACUUUGGCCACAGAAUUGCUUCCGCAUCUCCUCUUGUGAGAGAGGCUGCCACGGUCCAAUAUGUCAGUUUAACAUUGUGAAGACUAUGGCAUUACUUGCUACCUUUGAUAUGAAUAAUCUCCUCGCUGCAGACUGAUGUGCGACAUAGAUUCAUUCAAUGCAGCAGCCUGUGGCAUUGUAACAGUGUUAACAACCAGGAACUCCUACUUUGGGUUGAAGCAAAGGAAUUAUGCAGCAGUACUGUGUAAGUGACUGUGAGAAUGCGGACUUAAUCUGCAGUUAAUAACAAAGGAAACUUUCCAUGUAUUGUUUAUAGGGAGCAAGAUCAAAUGAUCGUUGAUCUAUUGCAGAACUUCAGACUGUGGUGGCCCUUGAAUCAAAGGGCUUAUUGAAAAGGUGUUGUGAGGAACAAGCCCAAGGCCUUUCAUGCACUUUAUACGCACUGCAAUGGGUGGAGGCCUCCCUACUCUGUUGAAUGUAUCCUUGCAGAAUCCUUUUUGAUGAAGAAACCUGGUAUCCUUCUCUCAACCUGACGACAAGAUUGUAUCCUGUUUUGAAAAAAUCCUGCUUUGAGGUUUCAUCUGUUGGUAGCCCUGACCUAAAUGGGGGGGGGGGGGUGGUGGUGUGGGAAGGUAGCAAAGGUCAUUUUACAAACAAAGUAUGAUGCAGAAAAAGGCCAUUCAGUCCGUGGUCCUGUGUCGAUAAUUAUGAUGAGCAGAAACCCUCUCUUACCCUACUCAGUCUCACUCUACCAGCAUAAUCUGUUCCUGGCCUCCUAUGUUUAUCAAGCUCCCACUAUAUCUAUCUACCUAUGUUAUUCCCAAUGCUUCCAACUGGCAUUGAAUUCUGCAUUCACGCCUCUCUGUACAUAAGAAAUUUCUCCUGAAUUCCCAAAUGAGCAUUGAUGAUCAUGCAGAAGGAGUCUAUUAGCUUAACCUUUUACUUGAAUAAUAAUUAUUGCAGUAAAUCCACUAGAAUGCUUUGGAAGUGUAUACAUUGCACUGUUUGCAUAUUUAACAAAAUAUUUGCCUUUGUUUUCUUUAGUCACAGUAAUAGGGUUGCUAACAAUUUCUAAUUGUGUCUCUCUAAAGCCAUCUUUACCUUGAGGGAAGGUCAUCAACUGAAGGUUAUGUGGCCUUUCGAAAUUAGAUCAUUAUAUUAACAGACACCUCAGUGUUUUGAUUUUAUGAUCAUCUGAUGGUCCAUUGUUCAAGAUAAUGGCACAUUGCAGUCUCCCUCUUUUAAUGACGACGUCUAAUAAGGUGGUUAUCAGGGAGUGGAACAGUCGGGCAUGACAGGUCCGGGAGUUGCUGCCCUGAUACUGUGUGAUGUAGGUGAGGAGAAUCUUGUACAUUUCUAAUUCUACUCAAGAAAUGCACCUUCAUCCAUCCUCACUUUCAUCUUCCUUAUUUUAGUUAGAAUUCAACUAAACGUGAAUAAUGGCUAUUUCAUGAUGAGGUGCUUGGAGAGGGGGCACUUGCAAAUGUAAGCUGAUAAUUCAUUUCCUGUAGGCUGUGUGAUGUGAAUUGAAAGUGGCAAUACUAUACAUUGCGCACACAGGGAUUCCCAUCUAUGCAUUUACCUGCACUGUGCCUUUUAUGAUGUAAAUUUUUAUGCCGUUCAAACAUUUUGGUCAGAUUUUGUAACAUUAUAGCUGUUGGCAUGUUUUUCUUUGUGGAAAGUU